CACUCACUCUUACCCUUCUAUUUCACCAUCAAGAUGCCAGAAGAAUGGGAAGGUCCUGUGAGAAUGUGGGAUGGUCCAGUUCCUCCGGCGCAAGUGCCUGACCCCAAUGAUCACUUGCAAUACAUGCGCCUCGCUCUUGAUCAAGCACAAGAGUCCACACCAAAGCCAACAAACUUCUGUGUUGGAGCCCUACUUGUCGACGAAGUCACUGGCACUAUCCUCGAACGAGGCUACACAUUAGAAUGCGAAGGCAACACACAUGCAGAGCAAUGCUGUUUGCUGAAGUUUGCAAAUGCGCAUGGCCUAUCCGAGGAGCGUGCAGGAGAGAAAUUGCCUGCCAGCACGGUCAUCUACACUACGAUGGAACCAUGCAACAAGAGAUCAGUUGGCAACGUGCCAUGCGUGGAUCGUCUCAUUCGUACACGAGGACCGGAUGGGAAACCAAGAAUUAAAAAGGUCUAUCUCGGAGCCAAAGAGCCGGAGAAAUUUGUUGGUGCCAACGAGGGCAUAGCGAAGCUGCGAGAGCAUGGCAUUGAGUGUAUACAUGUGCCUGGUCUAGAAGAGCGAAUCCUGCAGGUCGCAACUGCUGGACAUGAGACAUAAGGGAAUUCCGAUAUCGACAAUGUAAAACCAAAUGGACCGAGUAAACCAGUGCAUGC